AUUAAAUUUCAUUUUAAUUCUCAGCAUUUCAUUAAAUGUUGUUCUUUGUCCUGGAGUUGCAUUUCAUGGCUAGAAAAAAAAAAAACAAGAGAAAAAAAAUAAGAUAAAUUAACUUUGUAUGUCUGAUCACAGAAAAUGUAAUCAUUUCAAUUUAAUUAAUUUCAAUUAACUUGUCUCCAAAUUAAGAGUUCUUAGCUGUACAACUGCAUACAGCGUUUCCUUUGACUUUCACAAAGAAAAAAAACUAAUAACAGCUAGAUUUAAAAAAAUAAUAAUUGCUACAUUGCAGUUAUAGUAGCCAUCCUUGCAGAUUAAAAAAAACACAGUUCUAUGUUUCAUUAAUUAUUUUCAAAGAAAACUUCUAAGUUUAUCUUAUUAAAUUCGUUACGGCUCUCCUCUGUAUGAGACUCUGGAUGCCUUGCAAACUCCAGAUAAUCUCGGUCAUAAACGAAACAUUAGGGGGAAGGGGGGAGGAGAAACUCAUCGGUUAUUCCCAGAAAAUCCAAAAGGAUCAAUUAUUUGGAAGAGGAGCGUGACGUCUUUUAGGUAAACCCGCUCGGAGGAAGAGCCACCAGCAGCGACCUCGUCUCUUCCCUGGGAGAAAAAAAAACAGAGGAACCCCGUCCCCAAUUCACGGCGGGGGAAUCCCUUCUAAGCAAAGCGGCAGGACGAUUCUGCGCAUGCGUCUCCUUGCGGGAGGCGGCACCUGGGAGUCCGCCUCUGUCAGAGCGUCUCUCCGAGGCUUUCUUCGCAGUAUGGCGGUUCCCAGUUCAGAAGAACAGAAGAAAAAAAACAUUUUCAUCUUGGGUGCUUCUGGAGAAACUGGGAAAGAAUUGCUACUUGAAAUCUUAAAGCAGCAAAAAUUCUCUCGAGUGACCCUCAUUGGCCGCCGAAAGCUCAAUUUUGAAGGGUCUCUUUACAAUAAUGUGGUCCAAGAAGUUGUUGACUUUGAGAAGCUAGAUGAAUCUGCUGCUGCCUUCCAAGGACAUGACAUAGGAUUUUGCUGCUUGGGGACAAGCAGAGCCAAAGCUGGAGCGGAUGGAUUUGUGCGUGUUGACCGUGAUUAUGUUGAACAUGCAGCAAAGCUAGCCAAAGCUGGUGGCUGCCAUCACUUUAUCCUAGAGUCAAGCAAAGGUGCAGAUAGCUCCAGCAGUUUCCUCUACCUAAAGACCAAGGGUGAAGUAGAAAACAGGAUUAAGGCACUUGGAUUUGAACGAUUCUCCAUAUUUAGGCCAGCGGUGCUGCUAUGUGAUCGCCAGGAAUCUCGGCCUGGUGAAUGGGUGACCAGGAAAGCCCUAGGAGUGGUAGCCCAUUUCUUUCCCACAUAUAUGUCUAUUCCUACCACGACAGUGGCCCGAGCAAUGGUCAAUCUUGCAGUGAUGCCAGCAAAAGACGGGGAGAAAGUUGAGGUGCUGGAAAAUGCAGCCAUUCAUGCUCUCGGUCAGUCAAAGUGAUCAACGGAGAAGAAGGGAUUUUUUUUUUGGAUAGCUUUAUAAUGAAGGGGUUUCACCGAUUCCCCAAAGCCCAGCUUUAAUCAUAUAUUUUUUAUACUUCAGAGGGUCUUUGAAUAUAUCAAUACCUCUGAAUUACAUUUGAUAUGAUUGUUGCCUCAGAAGCAUGUGAUCCAGAAAUGACUUUUUUAAAAGCCUUAAUGUCAUUGGUGCUGUUUCAGAAGCUUUAAACGUAUAUCCUGCCUCUUAAUAAAAUUAAUUGCCAAUGGAA